AGCCAGUCUGGUGGCUGUUCCUGUGUGUUUACUACACGGACCAGGCAGCAGCAGACACUUGGCUUCACAUGCACCUAACUCACAACAGCUAGCCAGCUAAACACUUUAUAGUUCCAUCUGAAAGAGAAUCUCCAAGAAUCCAAUAUGCCCAAGAGAAAGCAGGGAGCAGCUGGGGACGCCAAGGAGGAGCCCCAGAGGAGAUCCGCCCGGUUAUCAGCGAAACCAGCCCCAGCCAAGACUGAACCCAAGGCCAAGAAGGAGAAACCAGCAAAGAAAGAGAAGGCUGUGAACGACAAGAAGGAGGAGAAGAAAACUAAGAAGGCAGCAGCGAAGGAGAACGCAGAGGCUGCUGAGGAGAACCACUCUGAGAACGGAGAUGCCAAGACCAACCAGAUGGAGGAUGCUCCCGAGGCGGAGAAGGAGGAAGCCAAGUCUGAGUAGCAACACUGCCGACCCCUGACCUCCGACCCCCCCCCAGCCUGCCCCAGUGUUCGUGGUCCCCCUCCAAGGCGUAUUGUUAACAGAGGAAUAUUUUUAUCAGUGAUUUUAUAAGUAUACUAUCUACUAUCCGUACAGAUUUUUAGCACAAAGCAAAGCUGAGUAAUAUAAUGCAGAUCUGCAGUGGUCAUAUCAACAAAGUGUCUGCAGGCAAGAUGAACACACUAAAAUGUUUUUUAAUGAAACAGCAUUUGAUGAUUGUGUAAGAAGCACAGCGUGUCCCGUCCCAUAGUGAGUUGUGUUCCUGUGCCCCCCUCCUCCACAGUUGGUUCUCCUGGGGUUCUACCUUAUUCCUGGAUGAUUAACUGUUUUGAUCCCGUCUGUUAUGUGCAGUGAGUUCCUUUUGCUUUGUCUAAAUGUUCCUGUUUUUACAUGAAACAUGUUCUAAGCGUGUUGAAAGUGUGUUGUCCAAUAAGGAAGAGGAAGAGAGAAAUUCCGGGCACAGUGACAUGCAUGUCUCCAAGGCGACCCUGUAACAGUGACAUGCAUGUCUCCUAGGCGACCCUGUAACAGUGACAUGCAUGUCUCCUAGGUGACCCUGUAACAGUGACAUGCAUGUCUCCUAGGCGACCCUGUAACAGUGACAUGCAUGUCUCCUGGGUGACCCUGUAACAGUGACAUGAUGUCUCCUAGGCGACCCUGUAACAGUGACAUGCAUGUCUCCUAGGCGACCCUGUAACAGUGACAUGCAUGUCUCCUAGGUGACCCUGUAACAGUGACAUGCAUGUCUCCUAGGCGACCCUGUAACAGUGACAUGCAUGUCUCCUGGGUGACCCUGUAACAGUGACAUGAUGUCUCCUAGGCGACCCUGUAACAGUGACAUGCAUGUCUCCUAGGCGACCCUGUAACAGUGACAUGCAUGUCUCCUAGGUGACCCUGUAACAGUGACAUGCAUGUCUCCUAGGUGACCCUGUAACAGUGACAUGCAUGUCUCCUAGGCGACCCUGUAACAGUGACAUGAUGUCUCCUACGCGACCCUGUAACAGUGACAUGAUGUCUCCUAGGUGACCCUGUAACAGUGACAUGAUGUCUCCUACGCGACCCUGUAACAGUGACAUGCAUGUCUCCUACGCGACCCUGUAACAGUGACAUGAUGUCUCCUAGGCGACCCUGUAACAGUGACAUGCAUGUCUCCUAGGCGACCCUGUAACAGUGACAUGAUGUCUCCUACGCGACCCUGUAACAGUGACAUGAUGUCUCCUACGCGACCCUGUAACAGUGACAUCAUGCAUGUCUCCUAGGUGACCCUGUAACAGUGACAUGAUGUCUCCUAGGCGACCCUGUAACAGUGACAUGCAUGUCUCCUAGGCGACCCUGUAACAGUGACAUGCAUGUCUCCUAGGCGACCCUGUAACAGUGACAUGCAUGUCUCCUACGCGACCCUGUAACAGUGACAUCAUGCAUGUCUCCUAGGUGACCCUGUGACAGUGACAUGCAUGUCUCCUAGGUGACCCUGUAACAGUGACAUGAUGUCUCCUACGCGACCCUGUAACAGUGACAUGCAUGUCUCCUAGGUGACCCUGUAACAGUGACAUGAUGUCUCCUAGGCGACCCUGUAACAGUGACAUGCAUGUCUCCUAGGCGACCCUGUAACAGUGACAUGCAUGUCUCCUAGGUGACCCUGUAACAGUGACAUGCAUGUCUCCUAGGUGACCCUGUAACAGUGACAUGCAUGUCUCCUAGGCGACCCUGUAACAGUGACAUGAUGUCUCCUACGCGACCCUGUAACAGUGACAUGCAUGUCUCCAAGGCGACACUGUAACAGUGACAUGAUGUCUCCUACGCGACCCUGUAACAGUGACAUGCAUGUCUCCUAGGCGACCCUGUAACAGUGACAUGCAUGUCUCCAAGGCGACCCUGUAACAGUGACAUGCAUGUCUCCUAGGUGACCCUGUAACAGUGACAUGCAUGUCUCCUAGGUGACCCUGUAACAGUGACAUCAUGCAUGUCUCCUAGGCGACCCUGUAACAGUGACAUCAUGCAUGUCUCCUAGGCAACCCUGUAACAGUGACAUGAUGUCUCCUAGGCGACCCUGUAACAGUGACAUGCAUGUCUCCUAGGCGACCCUGUAACAGUGACAUGCAUGUCUCCUAGGUGACCCUGUAACAGUGACAUGAUGUCUCCUAGGCGACCCUGUAACAGUGACAUGCAUGUCUCCUAGGCGACCCUGUAACAGUGACAUGAUGUCUCCUAGGCGACCCUGUAACAGUGACAUGCAUGUCUCCUAGGCGACCCUGUAACAGUGACAUGAUGUCUCCUAGGCGACCCUGUAACAGUGACAUGCAUGUCUCCUAGGCGACCCUGUAACAGUGACAUGCAUGUCUCCUAGGUGACCCUGUAACAGUGACAUGCAUGUCUCCUAGGUGACCCUGUGACAGUGACAUGCAUGUCUCCUAGGUGACCCUGUAACAGUGACAUGAUGUCUCCUAGGCGACCCUGUAACAGUGACAUGCAUGUCUCCUAGGUGACCCUGUAACAGUGACAUGCAUGUCUCCUAGGUGACCCUGUAACAGUGACAUCAUGCAUGUCUCCUAGGUGACCCUGUAACAGUGACAUCAUGCAUGUCUCCUAGGCGACCCUGUAACAGUGACAUCAUGCAUGUCUCCUAGGUGACCCUGUAACAGUGACAUGCAUGUCUCCUAGGUGACCCUGUAACAGUGACAUCAUGCAUGUCUCCUAGGUGAUCCUGUAACAGUGACAUCAUGCAUGUCUCCUAGGUGACCCUGUAACAGUGACAUCAUGCAUGUCUCCUAGGUGACCCUGUAACAGUGACAUCAUGUCUCCACGACGACAGCAGCCAUGUGUGCAACAGCUUUCCAUCUUGCUGGUUUUCUAAACACACAGUUUGUUUUAGAUAAGAGGUUCUCUGACGUGUGCAGGAGUCUCUGUCCCUCUGAUGUUCUGGAAUUCUCCAAUAAAACGAGUCCUGUCAAUUUUCCUCAAAA